UCCUGUGCGGUGCUUAUAGCUGUAGAGGUUUGGUUUUUCUCGGUCAUAUUCCUUGCCUCAAUUACCCUUUUUGUAUAAAGAUGGCUGAGAAGUUAUCUUUAAUUGGUAUUCUGCGAGGUCAUACUGGUUGGAUUACUCAAAUAGCAUCAAGCUCCGUGGACGACUUGCUAAUAUCCUCCUCUAGAGAUAAAACUCUCAUUGUUUGGAAAAUUGAAAGAAGUAGCCUUCGUUUUGGAUACCCCAAAAAAACUUUGACGGGGCACAACCACUUUGUUUCUGACGUCGUCAUUUCUUCGGAUGGCCUGUUUGCUUUGUCCGGUUCUUGGGAUAAAACUUUGCGUUUGUGGGACCUUACAAGUGGAGAAACUCGGAAAAUUUUCCAGGGGCACAAACAUGAUGUUCUGUCUGUGGCCUUUUCUUCUGAUCACCGACAUAUUGUUUCAGGUUCCCGUGAUAGAACCAUUAAAUUAUGGAACACUCUCGGAGAGUGCAAGUACACAAUGGGAGCUGACAGUGAUGAUUCUCUUAAAGGCCAUUCUGACUGGGUCUCUUGCGUAACUUUUAAUCCAACUGGACCUCAGGUAAUCUCUUGCGGCUGGGACAAUGUUGUCAAAGUCUGGGAGCUAACCACGUGUCAGCUGAGAACUAAUUUUAUCGGUCAUAGGGGUGUUAUCAAUUGUGUUACUGUGUCUCCUGAUGGAUCUUUAUGUGCUUCUGGCGGUAAAGAUGGGUUGGCUAUGGUAUGGGACUUAGCUGAAAAUGGAAAUUAUCAGUAUACCUUUGAAGCCGGUCACACUAUUGCAGCACUAUGCUUUUCACCCUCUAGAUACUGGCUUUGCGCUGGUGCAGGGUCCAAAAUAAUUAUUUGGGAUUUAGGUACAAAAGCCAAAGUUAGGGAAGCAAGUGUGACCCUGGUUGGAGAAAAUAAAAAGCAGACACACCCUGAAGUUAUUUCUCUCUGCUGGUCGUAUAACGGUGAUGUUUUAUACGCAGGGUACACUGACAACCUCAUCCGCGCUUGGGGGGUUUAACUUGGUUGUUGCUUCUUUAAGGGCUUUACUGUUUUUUUUCAAAUGUA